GUUCUGUUUCUGCUAAGAGCCAUCUACAGGCGGCACAAUGUUUACUGUCUAACUGUGGAUCUGGACACGGGACCGGCUUUCAUCAACGCAGUCAGGAGCGUGGCUGCGUGCUUGCCUAACGUGUUCCUCUCUACAAAGUUGGAGUCGAUCGUUUACGCUGGUUUCAGCAGGUUUCUGGCAGAUAUCAACUGUAUGCAGGAUUUGAUCGCACAUCCUGUGGGAUGGAAGUACCUGCACAACCUGCCCGGGCAACAGUUUCCUCUGAGGACGAAUUUAGAGAUUGUCAACAUUUUGAAAAUCUACAAUGGCGCCAAUGACAUCCUUGGGUUGCCAGGCAAGAAGUCACUACCUCGGCGUUAUAAAAACAAGCAUCGCAUUGUAUAUAACAAUAUCACAGGUAAACACGUGAUCGUCGAGGCUGUCGGCAAAAAGUCUCCCCCUCCACACGAUUUCAAGAUCGUCAAGGGUAGCGCCUAUGGGUCAUACUCCAGAGCAUUCGUGGAGUUUCUCCUAACCAAUGAGAAAGUUCGUGACCUGAUAGAAUGGUCCAAGGACGUGGAAAGCCCAGACGAGUACGUUUUUGCUACAGUCCAUCACACACGUGUCAUAGACGUGCCUGGAGGUUACAAGGGGGUUCCUGACCAAAAGCGUUUCUUGGCUUCGUUUACAGCCUGGGAAAACGAGACACCGUGUGCUUCUAUGUUUGUCAGAUGGAUUUGCAUCUUCACAACCGCAGAUUUGCCGAUGCUUCUAGAGAGAAAAGAACUUUUUGCCAACAAAUUCUACAUUGAUCACUACCCGGCAACGUUACACUGUCUCGACCAGCUUUUGUACAAUUUAACAGUCCAGGGAAUCACUCGGGAUUUGGACUUUUAUAGAACUGUUAGUUUCGUGCGGAGCUAG